UUGACAACUCUACAAAUCCUUAAUUCAAAUCUUAAUCACUCCCACAUCCCAAGUCCCAAUCCCCCCAAAAUUAAUUCAGAUUUCUCAAGAUUCAUUAAUGGCUUCUUCAAUCAGGCCUGCAACUCGCUACAAGUCCAACAGCCUUAACAGCUCCACCAAAUCCGACCCCUCCUCCUCCGCCGAAUACUCCUUUUCCUCUUCGCGUGGCACCACCAAUUCACGCGCCCUCGUUGCCAAGAAAGCCGAUGCCAACCACCUCAAUUUCAGCUCCAUGGUCAAGAAAUUGGUGGAGACUAAGAAGGUCAAAAAUCCGGCAUUUGUGAUUGCCUCUGAUCUUUUAGCGGAGGAUUUGAAGAAAGGAGGCAAGAAGAGCGCUGGAUUGAGUGGACUUCACAAGAAGCUGUUUAAGGGGUCGGCCAAGAAGGGAGAUGAGAGCUCGAAGAAGGCUCUCACGGAGGUUAAGAGUAAUACGAGGACGCUGGCGAUGGUGUUGAGGAGUGAGCGGGAGCUCUUGAGUUUGAAUAAGGAGCAGGAGGAGCAGAUUGCUGAAUUCAAGAUUCUGCUUGAGGAGAAAAACAGAGAGGUUGAAAAAUUGAAAGACUUGUGCUUGAAGCAAAGGGAAGAGAUAAAGUCUCUUAAAAGUGCUGUUCUCUUCCCAGAUGUUAUGAAUUUGCAAGUUCAGAACAUUUUGGAGAAGCAGGGAUCAGAGCUAAAACAGGCUAAGCAACUCAUACCAAAUCUUCAAAGACAGGUUACUUCUCUUACCGGACAGCUGCAAUCUCUUGCUGAAGAUCUUGCAGAGGUGAAGGCAGACAAAUAUUCUGGAAGAGGAUUCAAUGACAGCCCUUUCAACUCCCCAAGGACUCCAUCAUAUGAUCAAGAAGUUGCAUCAAAUUUUCUGUUCAACCAAGAAUAUAGCUCCAGGGAUUACACGACACCAGAUUGCCCAGAUGACAUGUUUCUGAAAGAUUUGAAUCCCUGCCUCACACCUUGUUAUUCCAGGACAAAAUCUAAGGAAUUUAGUAUAUAUGGUUCUCCCACUGAUGGUGGAUCAUCUCCUGAGAUUGUUUAUAACACACGUGGGACAAAGUUUUCGAGAAGUUCUGAGUGUUCCCAAUCAUCCAAGGUGCGCAAGGGUUUGGUCAAGGGAGCUGCUAGCUGUUCCGGUGACACCCGAUGCACACAUGGAAACCAAAUGCAUCACAGACUAUUCUGAUUCUCCAACUCCUCUCUAUAUCUCUCUGUAUCAUCUGCCGUUACAAGUUCUUGAAACCUCAGUGUGUUGGAACAUUUCAGCUUAGUUGUAUGUGACAACAAGCACUAUGAUAUAUCUACCCACAUGUAUCACUUUGUCAAUAUUCGAGUUUUGUUCAUCGUCUAAAGCAUAAUUAAUAAGAACCCAAUUUUGGUCGAGCUUUUUUGAA